UGUCGGAACAGGUCAUACGGAGACAGUCGAUUCAGGGAGAACGGAUUUGUUUCGUUUUUGAGUUAAUUAUGAAAUAAACAAAGCAGACACUAAAGAUAGGAUAGGAUAAAGAUACCCUCUGUAACUCUUACACCAUAGUUAAGCAGAUACUCGACUUGAACCAUUGACGGUUGUGAUGAGCUAAACUUAGCCAACAGGACGUUAGCCAAGGAAGCUCUCUGGCUUGCUAGUAAACUCGUAUUUAAUCGGCCAGCCGAGUUUUGGUGGAGGACUGAAGAUGGUGAGACCACACUCAGGAUUAUCCCGUCUCAAAGAGAGACAUUUCUCAGAUGGCUACAGGAAUAUGCCAUAUGAAGGGCGGUUUGGCCCCCCACUCAGAAGCCAGAGGGGGAUUCGCGGGAACCCAGGCAAGGCGCCCCCUAGCUGGCGUGAAGCUAACAGUAGCGGACAGCACCUGUAUGGCAAGAGAUCGCCACACAUGGGAGAACAUCGCGACCGACCUCACGGACAGUGGAUGACACACAGUCAGGAUCACUACGAGCACUACCCAGGUUCCCCAGAGCCUCAUCGGACCCACAGGAGACCCUCCCCUCCCCGCUCAAGCCACCCUCCCCCCGCCCAGCACAGGCAGUCCCCACACAGCCCGCUGCAUGGGCCUCCAGGCCACAGACAGGCGCCGUUCCAUGUCCCACACAGCUCACCCCGGCUUUAUCACGGCUUAUCGUCAGACAGGAGGGGCCCCUCCCCCUCCUCGCACUCCCCACGCAACCCCUACCUGGGCCCCCAGCGACGCCCAAGCCCCGCAAACAGUCUGGAUCGGAACUGGGACACGCCCAGUCACAGCAGCCCCCGAGAGAGGCACUUUGGGCGUCCAGAUCAGGGGGGUCACUGGAACGGCCCGGGGGGGUUCCCACAACCCCGAAAUGGGGAGUCUGGAGUCCCUGGCUCCCCCCAGAGGAAGCUACGGGAAUUUCAUGGGAGGAGCUCAUAUCCAGAGAGGUGGUCAACAGAUGGAGACCCUCGGAAGCAACACGGAGAAGUUGGAAGGGUGAGAGUGAGGGACGGGCCGGGUCGCCGCGGCCCAGACUGGGCGCACCCACACCCUCGCCCCUCUUACCCGCCCUACUCAUGGAAGUCUGCGCCGUACCCACCACCCCCAAGGUUCCGCCCACCCCACCGGGCUCUGGAGAGGCCCAUCAGGCCGCCGCUGAAGAGGAGGAGUGAGAGCCAGGGGUGGCCGCAGUCCUCCAUGGGCUCGGACGCUGGUCACGUCCCAUCCAAACGCCCCCGCCGGGAAAUGUCCGUUCGACCCCCACCGAGGGGCUUCGGAGGUCGCGGCCUGUCCCUCAAGGACAAGAGUCGCAUCCUUAAAGGGCGGAAGUUCAGGGCGGAGUCUGUAGCUCGGUUCAAAUUGCCCCCUCCACAUCCAGGGAAACCAGAGAAGGCCCAUAGGCCCAAGGAUGGCUCCCACCCAGCCGCAGAAAAAGCUCGACUCAAGGACCAUCAGAAGACCGAGUCAAAGAGGCCUGGACCUCAGGAAUCCCCGCCCAAAACAGAGGCUAACUCGGCCAAACCUGAGGGGAGCUCGGACACACAGGUGGAGUCACGCCGCUCUGUGAGCGCACACAGCUCUUCUCCCAUAGACAGACGGCUCUCCCAGGACCUGGUGGUCGUUUCCCAGUGGCAGGCGGGACCUGGACCCAGCCCCACUCCUAAAAAUGGGACAUCAUGGAGGGACAGAGCCGCCAAAACUAAAACUGAAAGUGUGAAAACACAUGGGAGCAUCAUGCUGAACGAGCGUUUCACCAAACUGCACCGGCCUGGAGGCUCUCAGCGCAGACCCAGAGAGCACCUGUAUUCAGACAGGCCGGAGGAUCGACCCUACGGAACAGGGAAACCCCUCAGAAAGCAAGGGCCUUUUCUGAGACACGGCGUUCGCCCCGGCCCCGGACCCAAUCGUGGCCCCGUGUCUGAGCCCCCGCCACUCCCACCGCCGGCCGCCAGGAGACCUCUGAUGGGGAUGGUCGUGUCCCGUCCUCUGUUUCAGCAGAAGCCCGUGUUCAGGAAGAGUCAGAGUAUUAUGUCCAAAUACCGCAACCUCCAGUCACUGCGACACAGGCCUGCACCUCCACAGAGCACCUCCAACAGGCCUGCACCUCCACAGAGCACCUCCAACAGGCCUGCACGCCCACAGAGCACCUCCAACCGCCGCUGGUGACCUCUCAACCCAAGGUGCACAGAUGGACCAGUACAGAUGGGCAGAGACACCAUGGAAAAGAGGUGUCGAAACAGCUGGACAUCAUGCACCAGGCCUGUGAUUCUGAUUGGCUGGAGUGGAGCUGCUCUCUGGGGCUGUCUACCCCUCCUCUGUAACGUUUCUCUGUUACUGUUAAUCCACGUGUUUAUCCUCAGCAGGAUGCAGGAUUUGGGGAAAAACUAUAAAGACCUUUUUUCUGUUCUCAUGGGUUGGUGUUUACAGCUCUGGACUCAGAACAUCAUUUGGGUUGAAGGAUUGGUGUUUUUUGAAAUUCAUGGCUUUUGUUUGUUUGAGAGUGUGUGUGACAGUAUAAUCUGUAUCCAAGUUCAUGAACAUUAAGGGGAAAAACAUCUCAGUAUGUGUUUUAGACUGGAUAAUGUUUCUUUUUGUUUGAUUUUUUUUUUUUUUUUUUUUAAGAGAAGAUGUGAACAGCAUCGUGGGUUUGUGUUGUAAUCAUAAUCAGUCACUGAUAAGACACUGAACUAAAGCUAUGCUAAGACCUCUGGCUUAUUUGGUUUUUAAACAUUACAUGUAAAGAACCCAAAUUCUUAUGUAUAUAGGUUGUUUAUAGACAUUUCAAAUAAAAGAACUGGAUGUGCUAAGAA